GAGAGAGAGUUAGAGAGAGAGAGAGCAUGUGUGACUGUUUACAGCUGGGACUAUCUGUUUAUGUCAACCUGACUGGCAGUGGAGUAGAUGUUUUUCUUCGCCUCUCUCGGAUUCUCUCUCCUGCGUAUCUGCUUGUAGGUUGUAGUCUUUCUUUACGCGAGACCCUCUUUGGCCAAGCUCGUAUCAUUUAUGAACCGAUUAUCUACGCCAAAUCCGUUCUGACAAAUCAUCUAACGUUACAUAUCUGGGGUGGACUGUAAAAUAUACUCCUGUAUUGGGAGCGAGAGAAACCAGGCAUAAGAGCAUCCAACACACUCGUUUCCAAAUGGAUGGGAUGAAACCAGAAACGACGGCUGAGGAGAAUCAGGAUGAAAGGGAAGAAAGCAAAGGCUGCUUCGAGUGUUGCAUCAAGUGUCUGGGCGGUGUCCCCUACGCCUCUUUGGUGGCCACCAUCUUGUGCUUUUCGGGUGUGGCCCUGUUCUGCGGCUGUGGGCAUGUGGCACUCACGGGCACUGUGACCAUGGUGGAAAACCACUUUUCUCGCAUCACCUCUGACCAUGCUACUCUCACUGAUGUGGUCCAGAUUUUGCAGUACAUUAUCUAUGGAAUUGCUUGUUUCUUCUUCCUGUAUGGCAUCAUCCUGUUGGCUGAGGGCUUUUACACAACCAGUGCUGUCAAAGAGAUGCACAGCGAGUUCAAGACCACUGUGUGUGGACGCUGCAUCAGUGCCAUGUUUGUGUUCCUCACCUACAUUCUGGGCUUGGGAUGGCUGGGUAUUUUUGGCUUUUCGGCGGUGCCCGUUUUCCUGUUUUAUAACAUGUGGACCACAUGUGGAGCCAUGAAGUCCCCUAUUGCCAAUCUCACCUCUGUGGACAACAUCUGUGUCGAUGUGCGGCAGUAUGGAAUCAUCCCAUGGAACGCUACUCCUGGGAAAGCCUGUGGCUCCACGCUAAGCGACAUCUGCAAUACUAGCGAGUUCUAUCUCUCCUACCAUCUUUAUAUUGUUGCCUGUGCUGGAGCGGGAGCCACUGUUAUUGCACUGAUCCACUACCUGAUGAUCCUGGCAGCAAACUGGGCCUAUCUCAAGGGACUGUGUCAGCAGACUCAUGCCUACCAGGACAUCAAAACCAGAGAUGAUCAAGAGCUGCAGGAUGUGCAGUCACGCUCCAAGGAGGGUCUAAACUCCUCCUACUCAUAAACAGUUCUCCCAAUUCAGAUCUACCCCACCUACUGUUUAUCUAACCUGCUCAAGACCACACACACACACACCCCCCACCCUCAAAUGAAACACUACGCAAACUAACACUGCUAAGCGCUGCGCUAUCCUGACUAUACAUCAUAAUGGUGGUAUAAGUUGGUUAUAAUCAUGAUGAAACAUGUCAGACAAGUUAUUGAACAUCUGUAACAAAUGAUGAGUGGAAUCAUGCAGUUAUUGAUGUGUUUUGCUCGUCUACUUCAUGGUUCAAAUUACCACUGGUAUAAAAGUGUAUGUAUUCUAGUAUUGUACUGUCAUUUUGCAAGUAUUUUUGAAUUGGUAGAAAGUGUAUGUACAGUGUAGAGUCAUGGUUAUAACUAGGUUAUGUUUGGUUUUAUGAUGCAUUGUCUCGGUGAAGCGCUGCUUACAUGAUAGACUGUGUGCACUAACUCCUCACAGACAUUUUGCAGGAACUUCCUUUUUUGGUGUUUUAUACAAUAUAAAUAUAUCGAAAUGUGUGAAAGUGGAUGAAUGUUUUUUUUGUUUUUUUUUAAUGGUUGUAUUGAAAAUGUCUGUUUAUCUAAAACCUUUCUCUGGUCUCUAUGGCUAUACUAGAUGUCUGAAUUCUCCUCUUUUUCCAGUUCUCUUUAUUACUUUAUUUUUUGGAAGGGGUUGGGGACAAUACCGGUUAAUGACAAAUUGCACUAAUCUUGUAAUAGAAAGCAGGUAUAUUAACACACAUGCUCAUACAGUGGAGGGACGUUUAAAAGGACAUUUUCUCAAAGCUGUCAAGUAUCAUUAUUAAGUACUCAAACUCAAAACGAUAUUCUGAAAACAGUAUCUAUGACCAAUAUAAUUCUGACAGAUAGAAAGAAAAAAAAAACUAAUGCUAAAUUAAUAACUAAUAAUAAUGUCUAAUAGAAGCUACCUUCACAGCUAUACAGAGUAUAUGCUUUCCUUCAGUUUUGUUGAUAAAUCUAGGUAUUUUUCAGUCUUUUAGAAUUUGUUCUUAUGGCAAGAUUGAUGUUUACCUCGAGUUUAAUGAGAUGAUUGUGACUUGUGCUAUGUGGACGUGAAACUCAAAAUGGUUUUUGAAUUUACAGUCAAAUAUCAAUUUACCGCCUUGUUUUUGCAGUGUACCUUUUUCCUAACUGGUCUCUCUCUCUUUCUAUUACUACUUUUACAAUAUGACUUUUUAUUAAUCUGUCUUUUAACUAAAAUAAUUCUUCUCUGUAAUGUCUCUGUAAAUACUGUAUAAGCAUGUUAGUAUUGUCCACAUAUACAUAUGUUUAAUACCAGUUCUAUGCUGUUUCUUGUUCAAAUCUGUUAAAGGGAGCUUACAGGGAUGUGUAAGAUGUUGAUUACCCUGUUUUUGAAAAAGAAGAUGUGUGCCUGGAUGUUCUAUAGCGCCCUGAUUAUUGCAUGAAGGAGAGAUAUUUCUUUAGUUUUAAAGUACUGUAUGUAAGUGAUGUGUAGUCCAUUGUUCUAAUGAACUACAGUUGACAUGUCCCACCUCUCACCGAAAAAAAAAAAAAAAAAAAAACUGUAUGUUAUUGGAAAUUGUACUCUUAGAUGUUUCAUAGUUGAUUUUAAGUCAGAUGUUUUAUGAAUCCUGUAUAGUGAUUUUUGUAACCUUCUCUAGUAAAAUAUUUUCUAUGAUCUACAUGAUUGAA